ACCCUGCAAGCAACAUCAGUCUCCAUCCCUACUGUUCCUCUGGUGAACCAGGUUAACUUGAAUUUGCAACAAGAUGCCUAAACUCCUGGAAAGCAUUGUCACUGUCAUCGAUGUUUUCUACCAGUAUGCCACUGAAUAUGGGAACUGUGACAUGUUAAGCAAAGAAGAGAUGAAAGAACUUCUGGUAACAGAGUUUCACCAAAUUCUGAAGAAUCCAGAUGAUCCAGACACCGUAGAUAUCAUCAUGCAAAAUCUGGAUCGAGAUCAUAACCACAAAGUGGAUUUUACUGAGUAUCUUCUGAUGAUACUCAAGCUGACUAAGGCUUGUAAUAAAAUUAUUGGCAAAGAUUACUGCCAAGCUUCAGGGUCAAAGCAGAAAAAUCACAGUCACCAGCACCAAGAGGAACAGAGUAAAAAAGAAACAGAAAACAAGGAGCAAAAAGGCUCUUUAAGUUCUAGUGCAGGAGAGAAUGACUCUUAUUCCAGGGGCUCAAGAGGAAGCAAUAAAAGCAAAUCCAAAAAACUAAGAAAAGGGAAGGAGCAAAGUUCUAAACAAACAACAAAAUCAAAUUCAAGUGAUCACGAAAAUAGUGAGGAUUAUGAACAAGGCCAGCAUGAAUCAGGAUUUUCUAACUCAUCUGGCAACGGGAGACCUAGCUCAAGGAAAGCUUCUGGCUUCCCUCAACCUGGUUCAGAACCAGGACAAUCUUCUAGCUCCAGUACAAAAGGAUCUGGCGAAUGUUAUUCUUCUGGUAAUGGAAAACAUGGUUCAUCAUCAGGAGGAUCAGCAGUUUCUGGCUCAGGUCACUCUAACACCUAUGGUAAACAAGGAACAGGAUCAAGGCAUUCAUCAAGCAACAGGAGAAGCAGGUCUACCUCAAGGGAAUCUUCUGGCUCCCAAGAAUAUAGCUCUGGAUCAUCAGAAGAACCUGGCUUUACACAUGGAUCUGGUCGAAAAAACUCUUCUACUUGUGGAAAAAACGGUUCCUACUCUGGACAGUCAACAGGCAGACAUCAACAAGGAUUUGGAUCUAGUCAUGAAUUAGAAUCCGGUCAAUCAAUCACCUCUGCUAACCAUGGCUCUCAUUCUAAUCAGUCAUCAUGCAGUGGCACAAGAGAGUGUGGGUCUAGCGAGUCUUCCAUGAAGAAGACCCAUGUUUCUGGUUCAGGACACUCUUCAAGUACAGGUAAAUAUACAUCCACUUCAGGACAAAAUUAUAACUCCACUAGACAAGGUUGCGGACAAGGCAAGUCUUCUGGGUCUGAACAAUAUGGUGCCUCAUCAGGACAGUCUUCAGGCUGUUCGUCAGGUCAGUCCACUCGCUAUGGUGAACAAGGUUCAGGAUCACGUAACUCAUCUACCCAAAGCAGAGGCAGGUCUACCUCAAGGGAGUCUUCUACAUCUCAACAGUUUGGAUCUGGCUCAGGAAGAUCUUCUGGCUUUAGUCAAGGUGGAUCUGGGCAAGGUCGAUCUUCUCGUGGUGGACAGCAGGGUUCCUUCUCUGGACAGACAGAAGGCAGUCAACAGCAUGGAUCUUGUUGCGGUCAGUCUUCUGGGUAUGGUCAAAAUGAAUAUGGCUCAGGUCAUUCUGCCAGCUCUGGUCAGCAGGGCUCUCAUUACAGUCAGUCUUCCAGCUAUGGCACACAUAACUCAGGUGGAAGCCCGUCUUCCAGCCAGAGGGGACAUGGCUCUCGUUCUGGACGAUCUUCAGGUUUAGGUCAAUAUGGAUCCCCUUCAGGACAAACUUCUAGCUCCACUAGACAGGGUUCUGGACAAGGUCAGGCCUCUGGGUCAGGACGAUAUGGUGCCUCAUCAGGACAGACUUCAGGCUGUGGGUCAGGUCAGUCCACUCGCUAUGGUGAACAAGGUUCAGGAUCACGUAACUCAUCUACCCAAAGCAGAGGCAGGUCUACCUCAAGGGAGUCUUCUACAUCUCAAAGGUAUGGAUCUGGCUCAGGAGAAUCUUCUGGCUUUAGUCAAGGUGGAUCUGGGCAAGGUCGAUCUUCUCGUGGUGGACAACAGGGUUCGUUCUCUGGACAGACAUCAGGUAGAAGUCAGCAUCAAUCUGGCUCCAGGCAUGGAUCUGGCUCAGGACAGUUUCCCAUCUCUGGACAGCAGGGCUCUCAUCACGGUCAUUCUUCCAGUUCUGGCACACAUAACUCAGGGUCAAGCCAGUCUUCUUCCACCCAGUGGAGUCACGGUUCUGGUUCAGAACAGUCUUCUGGUUUGGGUCAUUAUGGUUCCACAUCAGGACAAACUGCUAGCUCCACUAGACAGGGUUCUGGACAAGGUCAGGCCUCUGGGUCAGGACGAUGUGGCGCCUCAUCAGGACAGACUUCAGGCUGUGGGUCAGGUCAGUCCACUCGCUAUGGUGAACAAGGUUCAGGAUCACGUAACUCAUCUACCCAAAGCAGAGGCAGGUCUACCUCAAGGGAGUCUUCUACAUCUCAAAGGUAUGGAUCUGGCUCAGGAGGAUCUUCUGGCUUUAGUCAAGGUGGAUCUGGGCAAGGUCGAUCUUCUCGUGGUGGACAGCAGGGUUCCUUCUCUGGACAGACAGAAGGCAGUCAACAGCAUGGAUCUUGUUGCGGUCAGUCUUCUGGGUAUGGUCAAAAUGAAUAUGGCUCAGGUCAUUCUGCCAGCUCUGGUCAGCAGGGCUCUCAUUACAGUCAGUCUUCCAGCUAUGGCACACAUAACUCAGGUGGAAGCCCCUCUUCCAGCCAGAGGGGACAUGGCUCUCGUUCUGGACGAUCUUCAGGUUUAGGUCAAUAUGGAUCCCCUUCAGGACAAACUUCUAGCUCCACUAGACAGGGUUCUGGACAAGGUCAGGCCUCUGGGUCAGGACGAUAUGGUGCCUCAUCAGGACAGACUUCAGGCUGUGGGUCAGGUCAGUCCACUCGCUAUGGUGAACAAGGUUCAGGAUCACGUAACUCAUCUACCCAAAGCAGAGGCAGGUCUACCUCAAGGGAGUCUUCUACAUCUCAAAGGUAUGGAUCUGGCUCAGGAGAAUCUUCUGGCUUUAGUCAAGGUGGAUCUGGGCAAGGUCGAUCUUCUCGUGGUGGACAACAGGGUUCGUUCUCUGGACAGACAUCAGGUAGAAGUCAGCAUCAAUCUGGCUCCAGGCAUGGAUCUGGCUCAGGACAGUUUCCCAUCUCUGGACAGCAGGGCUCUCAUCACGGUCAUUCUUCCAGUUCUGGCACACAUAACUCAGGGUCAAGCCAGUCUUCUUCCACCCAGUGGAGUCACGGUUCUGGUUCAGAACAGUCUUCUGGUUUGGGUCAUUAUGGUUCCACAUCAGGACAAACUGCUAGCUCCACUAGACACCGUUCUGGACAAGGUCAGGCCUCUGGGUCAGGACGAUGUGGCGCCUCAUCAGGACAGACUUCAGGCUGUGGGUCAGGUCAGUCCACUCGCUAUGAUGAACAAGGUUCAGGAUCACGUAACUCAUCUACCCAAAGCAGAGGCAGGUCUACCUCAAGGGAGUCUUCUACAUCUCAACGGUUUGGAUCUGGCUCAGGAGGAUCUUCUGGCUUUAGUCAAGGUAGAUCUGGGCAAGGUCGAUCUUCUCGUGGUGGACAGCAGGGUUCCUUCUCUGGACAGACAGAAGGCAGUCAACAGCAUGGAUCUUGUUGCGGUCAGUCUUCUGGGUAUGGUCAAAAUGAAUAUGGCUCAGGUCAUUCUGCCAGCUCUGGUCAGCAGGGCUCUCAUUACAGUCAGUCUUCCAGCUAUGGCACACAUAACUCAGGUGGAAGCCCCUCUUCCAGCCAGAGGGGACAUGGCUCUCGUUCUGGACGAUCUUCAGGUUUAGGUCAAUAUGGAUCCCCUUCAGGACAAACUUCUAGCUCCACUAGACAGGGUUCUGGACAAGGUCAGGCCUCUGGGUCAGGACGAUAUGGUGCCUCAUCAGGACAGACUUCAGGCUGUGGGUCAGGUCAGUCCACUCGCUAUGGUGAACAAGGUUCAGGAUCACGUAACUCAUCUACCCAAAGCAGAGGCAGGUCUACCUCAAGGGAGUCUUCUACAUCUCAAAGGUAUGGAUCUGGCUCAGGAGAAUCUUCUGGCUUUAGUCAAGGUGGAUCUGGGCAAGGUCGAUCUUCUCGUGGUGGACAACAGGGUUCGUUCUCUGGACAGACAUCAGGUAGAAGUCAGCAUCAAUCUGGCUCCAGGCAUGGAUCUGGCUCAGGACAGUUUCCCAUCUCUGGACAGCAGGGCUCUCAUCACGGUCAUUCUUCCAGUUCUGGCACACAUAACUCAGGGUCAAGCCAGUCUUCUUCCACCCAGUGGAGUCACGGUUCUGGUUCAGAACAGUCUUCUGGUUUGGGUCAUUAUGGUUCCACAUCAGGACAAACUGCUAGCUCCACUAGACAGGGUUCUGGACAAGGUCAGGCCUCUGGGUCAGGACGAUGUGGCGCCUCAUCAGGACAGACUUCAGGCUGUGGGUCAGGUCAGUCCACUCGCUAUGGUGAACAAGGUUCAGGAUCACGUAACUCAUCUACCCAAAGCAGAGGCAGGUCUACCUCAAGGGAGUCUUCUACAUCUCAACGGUUUGGAUCUGGCUCAGGAGGAUCUUCUGGCUUUAGUCAAGGUAGAUCUGGGCAAGGUCGAUCUUCUCGUGGUGGACAGCAGGGUUCCUUCUCUGGACAGACAGAAGGCAGUCAACAGCAUGGAUCUUGUUGCGGUCAGUCUUCUGGGUAUGGUCAAAAUGAAUAUGGCUCAGGUCAUUCUGCCAGCUCUGGUCAGCAGGGCUCUCAUUACAGUCAGUCUUCCAGCUAUGGCACACAUAACUCAGGUGGAAGCCCCUCUUCCAGCCAGAGGGGACAUGGCUCUCGUUCUGGACGAUCUUCAGGUUUAGGUCAAUAUGGAUCCCCUUCAGGACAAACUUCUAGCUCCACUAGACAGGGUUCUGGACAAGGUCAGGCCUCUGGGUCAGGACGAUAUGGUGCCUCAUCAGGACAGACUUCAGGCUGUGGGUCAGGUCAGUCCACUCGCUAUGGUGAACAAGGUUCAGGAUCACGUAACUCAUCUACCCAAAGCAGAGGCAGGUCUACCUCAAGGGAGUCUUCUACAUCUCAAAGGUAUGGAUCUGGCUCAGGAGAAUCUUCUGGCUUUAGUCAAGGUGGAUCUGGGCAAGGUCGAUCUUCUCGUGGUGGACAACAGGGUUCGUUCUCUGGACAGACAUCAGGUAGAAGUCAGCAUCAAUCUGGCUCCAGGCAUGGAUCUGGCUCAGGACAGUUUCCCAUCUCUGGACAGCAGGGCUCUCAUCACGGUCAUUCUUCCAGUUCUGGCACACAUAACUCAGGGUCAAGCCAGUCUUCUUCCACCCAGUGGAGUCACGGUUCUGGUUCAGAACAGUCUUCUGGUUUGGGUCAUUAUGGUUCCACAUCAGGACAAACUGCUAGCUCCACUAGACAGGGUUCUGGACAAGGUCAGGCCUCUGGGUCAGGACGAUGUGGCGCCUCAUCAGGACAGACUUCAGGCUGUGGGUCAGGUCAGUCCACUCGCUAUGGUGAACAAGGUUCAGGAUCACGUAACUCAUCUACCCAAAGCAGAGGCAGGUCUACCUCAAGGGAGUCUUCUACAUCUCAAAGGUAUGGAUCUGGCUCAGGAGGAUCUUCUGGCUUUAGUCAAGGUGGAUCUGGGCAAGGUCGAUCUUCUCGUGGUGGACAGCAGGGUUCCUUCUCUGGACAGACAGAAGGCAGUCAACAGCAUGGAUCUUGUUGCGGUCAGUCUUCUGGGUAUGGUCAAAAUGAAUAUGGCUCAGGUCAUUCUGCCAGCUCUGGUCAGCAGGGCUCUCAUUACAGUCAGUCUUCCAGCUAUGGCACACAUAACUCAGGUGGAAGCCCCUCUUCCAGCCAGAGGGGACAUGGCUCUCGUUCUGGACGAUCUUCAGGUUUAGGUCAAUAUGGAUCCCCUUCAGGACAAACUUCUAGCUCCACUAGACAGGGUUCUGGACAAGGUCAGGCCUCUGGGUCAGGACGAUAUGGUGCCUCAUCAGGACAGACUUCAGGCUGUGGGUCAGGUCAGUCCACUCGCUAUGGUGAACAAGGUUCAGGAUCACGUAACUCAUCUACCCAAAGCAGAGGCAGGUCUACCUCAAGGGAGUCUUCUACAUCUCAAAGGUAUGGAUCUGGCUCAGGAGAAUCUUCUGGCUUUAGUCAAGGUGGAUCUGGGCAAGGUCGAUCUUCUCGUGGUGGACAACAGGGUUCGUUCUCUGGACAGACAUCAGGUAGAAGUCAGCAUCAAUCUGGCUCCAGGCAUGGAUCUGGCUCAGGACAGUUUCCCAUCUCUGGACAGCAGGGCUCUCAUCACGGUCAUUCUUCCAGUUCUGGCACACAUAACUCAGGGUCAAGCCAGUCUUCUUCCACCCAGUGGAGUCACGGUUCUGGUUCAGAACAGUCUUCUGGUUUGGGUCAUUAUGGUUCCACAUCAGGACAAACUGCUAGCUCCACUAGACAGGGUUCUGGACAAGGUCAGGCCUCUGGGUCAGGACGAUGUGGCGCCUCAUCAGGACAGACUUCAGGCUGUGGGUCAGGUCAGUCCACUCGCUAUGGUGAACAAGGUUCAGGAUCACGUAACUCAUCUACCCAAAGCAGAGGCAGGUCUACCUCAAGGGAGUCUUCUACAUCUCAAAGGUAUGGAUCUGGCUCAGGAGGAUCUUCUGGCUUUAGUCAAGGUGGAUCUGGGCAAGGUCGAUCUUCUCGUGGUGGACAACAGGGUUCGUUCUCUGGACAGACAUCAGGUAGAAGUCAGCAUCAAUCUGGCUCCAGGCAUGGAUCUGGCUCAGGACAGUUUCCCAUCUCUGGACAGCAGGGCUCUCAUCACGGUCAUUCUUCCAGUUCUGGCACACAUAACUCAGGGUCAAGCCAGUCUUCUUCCACCCAGUGGAGUCACGGUUCUGGUUCAGAACAGUCUUCUGGUUUGGGUCAUUAUGGUUCCACAUCAGGACAAACUGCUAGCUCCACUAGACAGGGUUCUGGACAAGGUCAGGCCUCUGGGUCAGGACGAUGUGGCGCCUCAUCAGGACAGACUUCAGGCUGUGGGUCAGGUCAGUCCACUCGCUAUGGUGAACAAGGUUCAGGAUCACGUAACUCAUCUACCCAAAGCAGAGGCAGGUCUACCUCAAGGGAGUCUUCUACAUCUCAACGGUUUGGAUCUGGCUCAGGAGGAUCUUCUGGCUUUAGUCAAGGUAGAUCUGGGCAAGGUCGAUCUUCUCGUGGUGGACAGCAGGGUUCCUUCUCUGGACAGACAGAAGGCAGUCAACAGCAUGGAUCUUGUUGCGGUCAGUCUUCUGGGUAUGGUCAAAAUGAAUAUGGCUCAGGUCAUUCUGCCAGCUCUGGUCAGCAGGGCUCUCAUUACAGUCAGUCUUCCAGCUAUGGCACACAUAACUCAGGUGGAAGCCCGUCUUCCAGCCAGAGGGGACAUGGCUCUCGUUCUGGACGAUCUUCAGGUUUAGGUCAAUAUGGAUCCCCUUCAGGACAAACUUCUAGCUCCACUAGACAGGGUUCUGGACAAGGUCAGGCCUCUGGGUCAGGACGAUAUGGUGCCUCAUCAGGACAGACUUCAGGCUGUGGGUCAGGUCAGUCCACUCGCUAUGGUGAACAAGGUUCAGGAUCACGUAACUCAUCUACCCAAAGCAGAGGCAGGUCUACCUCAAGGGAGUCUUCUACAUCUCAAAGGUAUGGAUCUGGCUCAGGAGAAUCUUCUGGCUUUAGUCAAGGUGGAUCUGGGCAAGGUCGAUCUUCUCGUGGUGGACAACAGGGUUCGUUCUCUGGACAGACAUCAGGUAGAAGUCAGCAUCAAUCUGGCUCCAGGCAUGGAUCUGGCUCAGGACAGUUUCCCAUCUCUGGACAGCAGGGCUCUCAUCACGGUCAUUCUUCCAGUUCUGGCACACAUAACUCAGGGUCAAGCCAGUCUUCUUCCACCCAGUGGAGUCACGGUUCUGGUUCAGAACAGUCUUCUGGUUUGGGUCAUUAUGGUUCCACAUCAGGACAAACUGCUAGCUCCACUAGACAGGGUUCUGGACAAGGUCAGGCCUCUGGGUCAGGACGAUGUGGCGCCUCAUCAGGACAGACUUCAGGCUGUGGGUCAGGUCAGUCCACUCGCUAUGGUGAACAAGGUUCAGGAUCACGUAACUCAUCUACCCAAAGCAGAGGCAGGUCUACCUCAAGGGAGUCUUCUACAUCUCAACGGUUUGGAUCUGGCUCAGGAGGAUCUUCUGGCUUUAGUCAAGGUAGAUCUGGGCAAGGUCGAUCUUCUCGUGGUGGACAGCAGGGUUCCUUCUCUGGACAGACAGAAGGCAGUCAACAGCAUGGAUCUUGUUGCGGUCAGUCUUCUGGGUAUGGUCAAAAUGAAUAUGGCUCAGGUCAUUCUGCCAGCUCUGGUCAGCAGGGCUCUCAUUACAGUCAGUCUUCCAGCUAUGGCACACAUAACUCAGGUGGAAGCCCCUCUUCCAGCCAGAGGGGACAUGGCUCUCGUUCUGGACGAUCUUCAGGUUUAGGUCAAUAUGGAUCCCCUUCAGGACAAACUUCUAGCUCCACUAGACAGGGUUCUGGACAAGGUCAGGCCUCUGGGUCAGGACGAUAUGGUGCCUCAUCAGGACAGACUUCAGGCUGUGGGUCAGGUCAGUCCACUCGCUAUGGUGAACAAGGUUCAGGAUCACGUAACUCAUCUACCCAAAGCAGAGGCAGGUCUACCUCAAGGGAGUCUUCUACAUCUCAAAGGUAUGGAUCUGGCUCAGGAGAAUCUUCUGGCUUUAGUCAAGGUGGAUCUGGGCAAGGUCGAUCUUCUCGUGGUGGACAACAGGGUUCGUUCUCUGGACAGACAUCAGGUAGAAGUCAGCAUCAAUCUGGCUCCAGGCAUGGAUCUGGCUCAGGACAGUUUCCCAUCUCUGGACAGCAGGGCUCUCAUCACGGUCAUUCUUCCAGUUCUGGCACACAUAACUCAGGGUCAAGCCAGUCUUCUUCCACCCAGUGGAGUCACGGUUCUGGUUCAGAACAGUCUUCUGGUUUGGGUCAUUAUGGUUCCACAUCAGGACAAACUGCUAGCUCCACUAGACAGGGUUCUGGACAAGGUCAGGCCUCUGGGUCAGGACGAUGUGGCGCCUCAUCAGGACAGACUUCAGGCUGUGGGUCAGGUCAGUCCACUCGCUAUGGUGAACAAGGUUCAGGAUCACGUAACUCAUCUACCCAAAGCAGAGGCAGGUCUACCUCAAGGGAGUCUUCAUGUUCCCAACACGAUGUUUCAGGCUCAGGAGAGUCUUCUAGCUUUAGUCAGCAUCGGUCUUGUCAAAGCCAGGCCUCUCACAAUGGGCAAUGUGGUCCUUUUUCUGGACAAUCAUCUGGUCAUAUUCAACAUGGACCUUGUUUUGGUCAAACUGAAGGCUCAUUUCAGUCAUCUAACUGUGGACAGCAGGGUACUACUUCAUACCAAUCUUCUGGUUUUGACCAGCAAAGGUCUGGAUUACAUCAGUCUUUUCCCUGUAGUAAUCAUGAGUCCACCUCUCAAGAGUAUUCUAGCUUUGGAUCAUGUGUGUCUGGUUCAGGAGAAUGUUCUGGCUUUGGUAACCAAGUAUCUAGACCAAGUCAGUCUACUUAUGAGCAUCAUGAAUCUAAUAGAAAUCAAUCUUCUGGCUAUAGACAAUAUAAUACUGCAUCAGGACAGUCAUACUGCGGUGGUCAGUGUGGAUCUAAUUCAAACCAAUCCUCUAGCUACAGAGAACAGGGACUUGGUUCAAAUCAGUCUUCUCAGUAUGGCCAAUAUAGAUGUCCCUCAAGUCAUUACUCUAGCCAGAGCCAACAUGGAGUUGGGUGUAGUCAUGGUUUUAACACUGGUCAAUAUGGGUCUGGUUCCUAUCCCUCUUCUAACUCCAGACAAAACUGUCCAGGAUCUGGUCUAUGCCCUACUUCAGAACAAUAUGGGUCUGGUUCAUGUCAGUCCUUUAGUCCUGGAUCAUGUGGUUCUGGAUAUGGUCAAUAUUCUAACUUUGAACAACCUCAGUCAAAUAGGAGAUGCGGAAACCAGUGGGAAUCUGGCUGUAGCUCCUCAAAUUGUAAUGAAAAUCAAUCAAUAAGAGUGCAUAGACAAGUAGAAACCUCCUCAGGCUGUGGCUUUGGACAAUUUUCUUCACAGGAACAGAUUAGAUCUGAUACUACUGGUAAAUUGUCACUUUGUAAUGUGGACAAUAGACAAGGUAACUGUAAGUAUCAGAUAAUCAAGGGAAGUAACUUUGGAAUGAGAAACACAGUCUCAGGACCUCAUAGUUUCAAUAGUAGCACUCCACUGUAUGAGUAUGUCCAAGAGCAGAGACGCUAAUUCUCAUAGUAAAUAAAGAACUGUGAUAAAAUUAACAUAAAUGUUAAUUUAAGAAAUGAGAAAUUAUGAUAGUUAAGAAGCUCAUCAUGAAAUUCCUUUCUCAAUCUGGACAUAUCUGCUCUCAUCCAUUUAAAAUGAAAAUUAGCGUAUAUUUCUAGUUAUUGGGUUCCUUCCAAAUAACAUAUGAUAGCUGGGUUACUUAGGAUCUAUUACAGUGGAUAAAUGUUUGGUUUAAGGGAAUUAAGUUAGGAAGAAUAAUUUGAAGAAUAUGGGAUUUAAUUAAGUAUCUAUCUAAAAGAUUAUUAUUUAGUUAAGAAUGAUGCUAAAGCUAAGCUUAUAGUUUUAAAGGGCAAUAUAUUAUAAAUGUAUCAUCAGUCCAGUUGCCAAAGCUUUACUUUACAUUAACAGUCUAAUUUUUAAUGUAUAAAAUGUUAGAUGGCAAAAGCAAGACUUAUAUGUAUGUGUGUUUCUAUUCUUACACAAAUCACCAAGAUACUCUGGCACAGUUUAAAUCAAUAAAUGGACAAGUGGCACUAAGCUAUUGUUCCAGAUGCAUAUUCCCAGCCAAUGGAAAAGUGGUGCAGGAGCAAAGGAUCCAAAUGUGGACUUUACCUUUAUUUCAGCAAGAGAUAUCCUGGCUUCCAUUUGUAAGAAAUUGUUUUAGAUUAGAAAAGUUUAUCCAUAGUACAUACAGCUUUGAAGUCUAAGUAGUUUACUGGUCUUCCCAUGUGGAGAUAUCAUUAAUAACAAGACAGAAAGGAAGCUUGCCAUUGUUAUAAAGAUCUUUGUUUGACUGUAAUGUAUUUCUUUCACGUCUUUGGAUUCAAACAACUGGAUUACAUUAAUAUUGACAAUAAAUUGGAUGGUGAUUAAA